UGAGGAGCAGCUGUGGAGCACUGACGGGGGCUAAGAGUUUUUGGGACUUCUUUUAGUUUGGUACAAUAUAUACCUAAUUUUUUAAGAAACAAAAAUUUUAAAUUUGAAUUUAGAAGCCAAUAAAAUUACUUUGCUGAUUUUCUUGGACAAAGACGAAAAUGUGGUAGCAUAAUACGUACAUAAUAGUUUGACUGCGACACUGCUUUCAAACAAGAAUUAAGAGCCAUCAACAUGGAACCCGUGAAUAAGGAAGACGAAAGUAGUGUCCUUCUUAUGAAAGACAUAAUGGACAUUGAGGAUCAGCAAUGUGCACUCGAAGUCUAUUCAAUGCGUAACAAUGACGAGUUUGAAACAUUGCCAGACUUCCCAGAUGAAAUUCACAUUGACAUGAACAUGUAUCACGAAGAAUUCCCAUACGGUCUUGAAGAGAUGACAUCAAUACCAAAAAGGAUCACUGCAGCAAAUCAGGUUUUGCCUUUGUUCAAGAGUGUGUAUGAAGACCGCUCUCAAGAGGAAGAAAUUAGCCUGGCCAACGAGUGGCAAGAAAUAUUCCAGUCUCUGUCGACUGGCUCCAUCAGAGACCAUUGUGAGUGUCUGCUGUGCAACUGCUUUUUUGUCACUCCAUCAAAACUCUUGAAUCAUGUCAAUGUUUCUCACCCCCACUUUGGGUCCAAAGAGCUGCAGCAUUGCUAUGUGUGCAGCCAACGUUUUGUGUUUCCAAAAGCCUUGUCCCUGCACCUGGAACAACAUCAUGGGCUCUUAGCUCCGCACCUCACCUGCUCAGUUUGUUUCACGCAGCUCAGUUCCCAGUCUGAGUUAAAGGCCCAUAUGCGCAAGCACAGUCUCAUCGAAUCCUGCCAAUUUUGCUAUAGUCAUUUUCCCUCCAAACAGCAAUUGGCCCAGCACCUCGCCUCUGUGCACGUCAAACAGUUCCCAUGUCCAUACUGCAGGAAGUCUUUUGACCACAAAGCAGUCUACAGAUCCCAUUUAGCCAGGCAUGAGUCUUUUUCCACCGCGCCCUGUGUUCACUGCAAAUGGAAACCAAGUCAGCAGUUAAUUGAUCCUGAAUUGGCCAUGCUGCAACACUUGCACACAUACCACACUCCAGACCAGUUGCAGUUUUUCUUUGAUACAGUUGUGGAAGAAGACAAGCAUGAACUGGAAUUUGAAAAUUUACUAAGAGCCUAUGAAGAAUCGUCUGCAUCAAUUUUAAAUGUGUCAGAAGAAAGUCACUGCCUUGAGGCAAUUUUGAGUAGCGUAGAAAAAGUGGUCGGAGAGCUGAAAAAUACAGAGGAUGUCGACACCCAAGUUAUUCGAUUGUGCAAACUAUGCACUAAGGAAGUCCAGAGUCUGGAUGAAAUACCAGACCAUGUGCAGGAAUUCCACCCAAAAAGCAAGCAGUGUCCCAUCUGUAAGAGUAGGUUUCCUACUGUAAAAAGAGCCCAAUGUCACACAAGACUGCAUCUGAAGACUGAACCUGAACAAAAGGAAUACAAGUGCCAAUUCUGUGACAUGGAAUUUAAAGAUACUGGCAAGUUGAACAGACAUUUAGAAAACUCUCACAAGAUCAGCAUUCUUGUCAGACCUUUCAGCUGUUCUGUUUGCAACAAAUCCUUCAAGCUAAAAACCAUCAGGGAUAAGCAUCUUUCAACCCACCAGGAGAUUUUUAAAGCCAAUAGAGAAGAAAAUAUCUCACUGAGAUGCAAAUUUUGCAACUGCAUCUUUAUCAAAUCCAGCUAUCUUGCCAAACACACCGAGAAAUACCACAGCAGUGCUCUCUCAUCUGCUGAUGGAAAAGCAAGCUUUCAGUGUGCGCACUGCAAAGAGCAUCUCAGUGACUUGUCCAAGCUCAAGCGGCACAUGGUGUACAGACAUGGGGCCGCGUCGGACAAAUGUCGGUUUAAGUGCAACCUCUGCAAGGUCAGUUGCCGGACAGCAGUGGGACUGAAGGUUCACAUGCGGACACACACCAACUUAAAGCCUAAUGAAUGCAAAAUAUGUGGCAAAGGAUUCAACCGAACCCAUGCUUUGAAUCUCCACAUGAAAAUCGUGCACUCAAUCAACACACACCUUAAGCAAAGCAAAAAGAUGUACUUAUGUGCCCAAAGUGGGUGCUCUAAUCAGCAGCCAACUUACGCUGCGAUUCUGAAACACUUUCUCCGGGCACACCGUGAUGUUAAAAGAUUUAUUUGCGGUCUUUGCGGAGAGUGCUACUCCCAAAACCAGGAGUUGAAGAUCCACAUGAAGAACAAACAUAAUUUAAUUGCGCCAAGUAUUUCUAUCAAAGAGUCAAACAAGCAGACUGAUAUCCACGUUUUUCCUUCGGUAGAAAAACUUCCGGCUAGUCACCCUCAUGCAAUGCUAAUAACUCAAAUAUACGAAGACCAGUUGAAGAAGACGUUAAAUUUGCCUGAUUUCCAAGCAGCUGAGGAGAUAGGAGAUGUUCAGUCUGACCAUAAAUUUAGCGAAACUGAGAAGAAACAAACUAAAGAAGUGAAGCAAAAUCAAGAACUACCUCUCAAUGAGACAAUAAUUUACGACACUGACCGAUACCAGACUGCAUUUCCCGACUUGGAAGCCAUUGCUGCACCCAAUUCCUUAGCAGCAGUCAACAAAGAAACUUACAUGAGCAUCAUUGGUAAAGCCUAUGAUAAGCUGACUCCACAGUACCCUGAAAUGGUUGCUGCUGUUGUAAACUUACCUCCAAAAGAGGAAGAAUUUGCCAUCUCUCAGCCAAUUGUGAUAUCAAGCAGCACCCAAGAAAGCAUGUUGUUGAAUCCAAAUCCUGAAGCUAUGACUGUGACUAGCCAAACUGAUGCAGGGGUUUUUUCUUGCGAGACAUGCAAUAUUGCCUUCCACAGCAAUGUUGAGUAUACCAAUCAUUUAAAGAGACAUGCAAUGAAACUUUUGAGUAAGAGUAUCUUCAUCGCUGAAAAACAUUCCAUAACUGAAAGUGUGAUUGAUAGCGAUGAAGUUAUGCUGGAGGAGCACAAAAAGGUCCAUCAGUUGUCUAAAAGAUCCAACCAUGUUUGUCCACACUGCCCAGAUCGAGUUUUCAAGAGAUCAAGUGACCUCCAAAGACACCUUAAGAGCCACCAAGAGAACAGAAGUCAUCAUUGUGACCUGUGUGGAAUUGGGUUUACAAGAAAGGAUACACUGCUGGUUCACCAGACCAGAAAACAUGGAUUGCAGAACUUUAACUGUGAAACUUGCGGCAAAAUCUUCAAGCUAGAGAGUCAGUUCAAGGAGCACGUCAGAACCCAUGCAGAGCGAAAAGAUCACAAGUGUGAUAUUUGUGGGCGUUUAUUCACUAUGAGAAGCUACCUUAAUAGCCACCUGAAGCGGCACGUGAAGCAAAAGGACUACAUCCCAUGUCCCAGCUGCCCCAGGAAAUUCAGCUCUGAAAAUAAUAUGCAGGUGCACAAAAAGAGUUUUCACGCUAAAGGAGCGAUGCUUCUCUCAAGACAACAGAAACAAGAUGCACAGAGGCAGGAGGAGGUGCAGAAAGCCACCUUGGCAGCCAACCUGGAGGAUGAAAUGCUCCAGGUCGACUACUACCUUGAAGACAGCCAGGCUGUGUGCCUAAAGGUACUUUCGGAUGCAGACCUGGAAUUUCUGCCGUCAUGAUUUACGCCUCAGGCCCACAAAAUUUUCAGUCUCACCCAUUCAGAAAAUUUUUGACAGUGAAACUUUAAAUUAUGAGAUUGUUACUUUUAUUCUUUGACCAUUCCUUACAGGAAUCAAUUUAACACGUUUAAAAUACAUUUCAAAAAUAAA